AUGGCAGAAUUCUUCCACGGCAGGGCAGAGCGCUGCGAGUUGAUGGCCUGCGCGGUCGCGAGCAACGUGCAGCUGCAGCGCGAGCACGUCAUUCAGAGAGAGCUCAUCGAGGCUGGGGUGGCCUCGACGGCCGACGCGCGGCUGCGGCAGAAGAUGAGCGAGACGUUUGCCGCCAUGCUCCAGGGAACUGGGCCCAGCUUCAGCGUGCUGCAGGGCGCCCCUGGCGCCGCUCCGCCACCCCUGGCGCCGCUCGCCUCGCUGCUCGUCGAGGGCGGCGAGCACAUCGUGCUGCCCGAGGCGGCCUGGGCGCCGCACGAGGGCCUGCUCUCCUGCCUCACCGACAUUGCGACUGGCGCGCUGGCGGCGCCAGAGCUGCCGCCGCUCCCGAGCGACGACACGCUGCUGCCAGAGAUGUCGCAGCCGAUGGAGCAGGCGCAGCUGCAGGCGACGUUCAGCGUGCUGCAGGGCGCCGCGUCCGCGCCCCACAUGGGCUCCGUCAUCCGAAUGCUCGUGCAGCUCGCGCAGCUCGACGGCCCUCUCCGCAUGCUCGGCGGGCAGCCGUCGCCGUGCGACCUGCAAACCUUCCAGCAGCACCUGUCCGCGCUGGCCAACCAGCUCAACACGCUGCACGACCCGAACUUUCUGGGCAAGGAGCUGCAGUCGCCCGUCUUCGCGCGCGCAAAGUACGAGCUCUUCGCGCUGCAGCACGUGCAGAUGCUCGUCUGGCUGCAGCGCGUGCAGCAGGGGCUGCAGCAGGGGGCGGGCAAGACCACGCCCGCAGAGGUGCAGCAGUUUGUGGUGCAGAUCUCGCACGCGGCGCGCGUGCUGCUCUUCCAGCCGAUGCUGCUGCACUCGGUGCAGGUCAUGUCGUACGUCCAGUCGCUGCCGCCGUACGACGCCAAGACGGAGGCGCAGCCCGGCUCGAUGCGCGCGUCGAUGGCCUACCCGCCAGAGUCCGCAACGGAGCAGGACCGCGUGGAGUGGCUGCUGCUCAACCUGCUGCUGCAGUUCCAGACGGUGUACAAGGACGCGCUGUGCAACCCGGGCAUCUACACGCCCACCUACUCCCCCGGCGAGGCGUCCCUCUUCCAGGGCUUCUUCCGGCUCGAGGAGAUCUACACGCACCUGAUCCAGCGCUUCCCCGGCGUCGUGGUCAUGUCGGAGCAGGAGAUGCAGGUGGUGACGCAGCUGUGCCAGAAGAUCAACCGGCACUUCACCGACGGCAAGACCAUCCGCCAGUGCCUCGAGACCAACCCGGGCUCGCACGGCAAGCAGAUGCUGGUCCAGUCGCUGCAGCUGCGCGAGAUCCCGUCGGCCGACUACGCGGUGCGCGAGUGGAUCCUGCCGUUCAUGAUGACCUUCACCGACCUGCUCAAGGUGCUCUGGACGCUGUGGACGCAGCACGCCAAGCGGGGCGCGGCCGAGGCCGAGGUGCGCGCCAGCUGCGAGGGCAUCGCCAGGCUCGUCGGGGAGCGGAUCGUCGCUCAGCUCGCAGACGAGGAACUCGCGCUGCGCGCCGCGGCGGCGUCGGCGCCAAAGGACGCGGCCGCGCGCUUCUCGCGCGACUUUGACGCGGCGGACCGGCUCCGCGAGCAGCUGGCCAAGCUCGGGGUGACGCUCGACGACCAGGCCAAGACGUGGCGCGCCGCGGACGGCCGGUCCGGCUCCAUCACGCAAGUCAACGUGUCGGAGAUCCACGCGCAAAAGGCGGCAAAGUCGGGCGCCGCGUCGCUCGACGACGCCGAGAUCAACCGGCUGGUGCGGGAGCGCGAGCAGGCGCGCUACACGAGCGACUACAAGACGGCGGACAGGCUGCGCGACCAGCUCGAGCGGCAUGGCGUCUCGCUCGACGUCAAGGAGCGAGAGGGCGGCGAGCAGGGGGCGAGCGGCGAGCGCGUGCUUCCCGAAAAGGCGCGGCGGGAGCUCGCCAAGCACUUGCGCGCGGUGACGUCGCAGUCGGCGCGGCAGUGCGAGAAGGCGCUGCAGGCCAACGGCGACGACAUCGAGCGCGCCGCCGACUGGCUCAUCUCGCAGGCCGAGGCUGCGAGCAAGGGGUCGCCUGCUGCGGCGCCGGAAGAGGCGCCUUGAGCCGGCGCAGCGCCAUCUGCCCCGACGCCGUCUCUUGCCGGACAAACGCACCUGCUGCCGCGUGCGCCGCUGUGACUGGCGUGGGGCGGUUUGCGCCGCUCGCGUACGCGGAGCGUGGCUUUGGGACUCAGUCUCGGUCCUCCGAACCCCUUUUCCCGCUCGCUCUGCGCUCUCUCUCUUUUGCCCCCUCCCCCGUGCUGCGCCCGGGCGAUGCUACGCUGGCCCGCGCUUUGGCCGGCACAAUAGGGAGCUCUGAUGUAAGCGCCUCUGGGUGCCGCGUGUUCACUGCGCGUGAGAGUUUACACAUGCUGGUUGUUGUUCGUCAGUUUUAACAGAUUUGACGGCUU